GGAGGUGAGCUGGGGGCAGGGGCCCUGAGCACACCUGCCCUUCUCUCUCCCAGCAGCUCCGGGCAUGGGCAAAGAGAAGACCCACAUCAAUAUUGUGGUCAUCGGCCAUGUGGACUCGGGCAAGUCCACCACCACAGGGCAUCUCAUCUACAGGUGCGGGGGCAUCGACAAGAGGACCAUUGAAAGGUUCGAGAAGGAGGCCUCGGAGAUGGGCAAAGGCUCCUUCAAGUACGCCUGGGUGCUGGACAAGCUGAAGGCUGAGCGGGAACGCGGCAUCACCAUUGACAUCUCACUCUGGAAGUUUGAGACCAAGAAAUACUACAUCACCAUCAUCGAUGCCCCGGGUCACCGCGACUUCAUCAAGAACAUGAUCACAGGCACCUCACAGGCGGACUGCGCUGUGCUGAUUGUGGCGAGUGGUGUAGGUGAGUUUGAGUCUGGCAUCUCCAAGAAUGGGCAGACCCGUGAGCAUGCGCUGCUGGCCUACACGCUGGGCGUGAAGCAGCUCAUCGUGGCGGUCAACAAGAUGGACAUCACGGAGCCUCCUUACUGUAGCACACGCUUUGAGGAGAUCAGCAGGGAGGUGAAGACCUAUAUCAAGAAGAUCGGUUACGACGCUGACGCUGUCCCCUUCGUGCCCAUCUCAGGCUGGCUUGGGGACAACAUGAUAGAACCCAGCGCCAAGAUGCCCUGGUUCAGAAGCUGGAAGAUUACCAGGAAGGACGGGAACGUGGUAGGCACGACGCUACUGGAAGCCCUGGAUUCCAUCGUGCCCCCCACCCGCCCUACAGACAAGCCCCUGCGGCUGCCCCUGCAGGAUGUGUACAAGAUUGGGGGUAUUGGCACCGUGCCUGUGGGCCGGGUGGAAACUGGCAUCCUCAAGCCGGGCAUGGUGGUGACCUUUGCCCCCUGCAACAUCACCACUGAGGUCAAGUCUGUGGAGAUGCACCAUGAGGCCCUGGCCGAGGCCCUGCCUGGUGACAAUGUGGGCUUCAAUGUGAAGAACGUGUCCAUAAAGGACAUCAGGCGGGGCAACGUGGCAGGGGACAGCAAGAAUGACCCUCCCUUAGAGGUGGGGAGCUUCCUCGCCCAGGUGAUCAUCCUCAACCAUCCUGGCAGCAUUGCAGCUGGCUACUCACCAGUUCUGGACUGCCACACCGCCCACAUUGCCUGCAAGUUUGCAGAGCUGAGGGAGAAGCUUGACAAGCGCUCAGGCAAGAAGCUGGAAGACAAUCCCAGAGCCCUGAGGUCUGGGGAUGCUGGCCUCGUCCAGAUGAUUCCGAGCAAGCCCAUGUGUGUGGAAAGCUUCUCUGAGUAUCCUCCCCUUGGUCGCUUUGCCGCACGGGACAUGAGGCAGACUGUGGCUGUCGGGGUCAUCAAAGCCGUGGAGAAAAAAGCAGCUACUGGAGGCAGAGUCACCAAGGCCGCCAUGAAAGCUGCCAAGAAGUGAGUGGUGAUGGCUCCUCCGGCCCCUCUGGGCCAGGGCCACACCAGGCAGAGCUAUACCCAGGACAGAGUGGCUCAAGGUGAAGCCUUGAACUUGGGCUUCUCUUGCCUGCACUGUCCUAAACCUGCCCCUGCUAACUUGGUU